GGCAACGAGUUGUAAAGUAAAAUUUAGAAAACAAGACACGCAGUUAAGUGAAAAAUUGAUCCUUUUUCUAAGUUUCCAUUACCUAUAAACAACUAUGACGGAUGUGCUGGAUAUCUAUAAUCACGAGGAAUUCGAAGUAGACGAGGAUGGUGAUCAGGGAAUCGCUCGGCUGAAGGAGAAAGCACGAAAGCGCAAAGGACGCGGUUUUGGAAACGAGAGCAUUCCUCGCGAAGCAAUUGACUAUGAGCGGCUUCAGGACGACGAAGAAGAAUCGGAGCCCGGACCACAGCGUUCAGUGGAAGGCUGGAUUUUGUUCGUUACAUCGAUUCAUGAGGAAGCUCAAGAGGACGACAUACAGGAGAAAUUCUGUGAAUUUGGAGACAUUAAAAACAUACAUCUGAAUCUUGAUCGUCGUACCGGUUUUUUGAAAGGUUACGCUUUGGUCGAAUACGAAACGUACAAACAAGCGCUGGCCGCCAAGGAGGCACUCAAUGGAUCAGAAAUUUUGGGACAAACUAUCGCCGUUGAUUGGUGCUUUGUAAAAGGCCCGAAGAAACUGAAAAAAUCAGGUGAACGCAGAAGGCGAUAAACCAGUUCAUAUUAUCCGAUAACUUUCUCAUUUAACUCAUAGAAGAAUAAUGCUUAAUUCACAACCAACAUGUAAUUAAUAAAAACGUAUAAUAAAACAAGGAUUUAAU